AACGUUAAAACGCCCGAGCGUAACGGUCAACACCGAGUUACAAAACAAGCGCACCAAUGGAAUGCUUUAGCUAACGUUACUACACCGAAGCGACAACAAGUACUUAGGUUUGAACGUUAACGAUGUCAUUUUUGUUUUUAAACGUUAAAUACAGGAAUUCUCACAGGGCUGCUAACGUUAGCUGAGAGCAUAUUUCUAGUUUCGAAGAUAUUUCAGUGACGGUAACGUUAUUUUCAGGUCGCUUCUGCUUGAACUGGGUUCCCCUCUUUAGCUAGCUUACUGUUGACAUCAGUUGUACUGCUGUGGUGAACCAGGGGAGCAGCGACAUGUCAGAGUCCGGACACAGUCAGCCAGGGAUGUACGGGCAGGGGCGCAGGAGGAGGCGACGCCGGGGAGACAGAGAUGCUGGACCUCCGGGGCAAAAUCUGUCCGGUCCCAGUCGGGAUCGAGACUAUCAACCGAGGGAACGAAGGGAUGGAAGCGAGGAUCCACCUGGCCCUCUCAUUCAGAAAACCCCCAUCAUCCUCGCAAAACCCCCUGGAGAAAGGGCCAAGCCAUCACAGAAUGCACCUGUCAGUGGAGCCCCAGUCCUGGAGAAGCCCAUCAUGCUAAUGAAAGCCAGGGACGAUGGAGGGAAGCCGGGGACUCCUCCAGAAGCGGCGGCUCAGCCCUCUGGUCCUGGGCCCUCUAAGAUGGAGAGGGAGGGCCAGAGACCCACCCAGCCUGUAUACCAGAUCCAAAACAGGGGAAUGGGUGCCUCUGCAUCGAGCAGCGCUGUGGACCCCAUGGUUGGUCAGUCUAAGCUCCUCCCUCCAGAGAAGAUGAAGCACAGCAUUAAGCUUGUGGAUGAUCAGAUGAAUUGGUGUGACAGUGCCAUGGAGUAUCUGAGGGACCAGACAGAUAUGUUGGUGGUGGGAGUCGUUGGCCUGCAGGGAAGUGGAAAAUCUACAAUCAUGUCACUGUUAUCUGCCAACACUCCUGAGGAAGACCAAAGGGGUUAUGUAUUCAGAGCCCAGACUCAAGAAAUCAAGGAACGAGGAGGAAACCAGAGCACAGGCAUUGAUUUCUUCAUCACACAGGAGAGAGUCAUCUUCUUGGAUACACAGCCAAUGCUCAGCCCAUCUAUUCUCGACCACCUCAUCAACAACGAUCGGAAGUUGCCUCCAGAGUACAACCUCCCUCACACAUAUGUUGAGAUGCAGUCACUUCAGAUCGCCGCCUUCCUGUUUACAGUGUGCCAUGUAGUCAUUGUGGUUCAAGACUGGUUCACUGACUUAAACCUUUACAGGUUUCUUCAGACUGCUGAGAUGCUGAAACCCUCCACUCCAUCUGCAAGCCAUGACAGCACUGGCUCCUCAGGCAAUGACGAUGGAGCGGAGUACUAUCCUCACAUAGUGUUCCUCCAGAAUAAGGCCAGACGGGAUGAUUUUUGCCCAAGGAAUCUGAAGAACAUGCACAUGGUGGUGGACAAAUUAAUGACUCACUCUCAUCUCAAAUACAAAGGCACACUGUCCAUGCUGGACUGCAAUAUCUUCCCUGGCUUGGGGCAGGACUACCUGUCAACUGAAGUCAACAUGUUCCUCCUUCCUAUGCAGGAGAAUGACGGGGACGAUAAUCUGACUAAAGCAGGCUCAGGAACAUACCCGCUCUUCUCCCUGCUCCCGGGAUACAGAGGACAUCCUGCCUUCUCCACCAUGGUUUCAAAACUCCGCAGCCAAAUACUGGCCAUGCCCCGCUGUCAGCUGUCGCACACCAUCCUUACCGAGAAGAACUGGUUUCACUACGCAGCCCGUAUCUGGGACGGGGUGAAAAAGUCUUCGGCUCUCUCCGAAUACAGCCGCCUGCUCUGCUAACGCCUUGAUUGACCUGCUGUUAUAUAUAAUAGCAGUUGCAAGCGGUUAUGUCCAAUAAUCAGGUCACAUCACCAAAAAUGUGGCACUGAAAGUCAAGACUCUUGUUUGCACCAUACUGGAGGGAUAUGUGAAACUGUAAGCCCAAUCUGUGGUGAAGAGUCAGAUAUAAAGCAGGAAACCUUCCGUAGGCUUUGGUAUGAAAAAACCUGCAGAUGCACUCCGUGUCAGUCACUUGCGCACCCCUGCCAUGUUGAACAGCCGCAGCCUGCACAGCAGUGGGAAGAAAGGAAGAGAAAACCAUCUGUCUGCACAUGUUAAAGCAAAAUGUGAUUGCUUCUUUCAUUUGCGAGCAAUUAUUGACUUUGUGAUGUUGUAACUGAAGUUUUGGUGUACUGAUGAUGCAGACAUAAAGAUAUAGAACUCUG